AUGAAGGGGAAAGAAGAGAAGGAGGGCGGGGGCGGCGGCGGCGGCGGGGUCCGGUUGGGCUCGGGGGGCGGAGGCGCGGGCAGCCCCGAGAAGAGCCCCAGCGCCCAGGAGCUGAAGGAGCAGGGGAACCGGCUCUUCGUGGGCCGCAAGUACCCGGAGGCCGCGGCCUGUUACAGCAAAGCCAUCACCCGAAAUCCUCUUGUGGCUGUUUAUUACACCAACCGGGCACUAUGCUAUCUGAAGAUGCAGCAGCAUGACAAGGCACUCGCUGAUUGCAAGCAUGCCUUAGAGCUGGACAGCCAGUCAGUGAAGGCCCACUUCUUCCUGGGCCAGUGCCAGCUGGAGAUGGAGAACUAUGAUGAGGCCAUUGCCAACCUGCAGAGAGCCUACAAUCUUGCCAAGGAGCAGCGGCUGAACUUUGGGGACGACAUCCCAAGUGCGCUGCGUAUUGCCAAGAAGAAGCGUUGGAACAGCAUUGAGGAACGGCGUAUUCACCAGGAGAAUGAACUUCAUGCCUACCUCACCAAGCUCAUCAUGGCAGAGAGAGAGAGGGAGCUGGAGGAGUGUCAGCGGAGCCAAGAGGAAGAGAAUGGAGAUGAAAGCCGGAACCGUGCCCAGCAGGCCAGCAUCGAAGCCAAACACGAUAAAUACCUGGCAGAUAUGGAUGAGCUUUUCUCACAGGUGGAUGAAAAGAGAAAGAAGCGAGACAUCCCAGACUACCUAUGUGGGAAGAUCAGUUUUGAACUGAUGCGGGAGCCAUGCAUUACUCCCAGUGGCAUCACAUAUGACCGAAAAGAUAUCGAGGAACAUCUGCAGCGAGUGGGCCACUUUGACCCUGUGACCCGAAGUCCCCUGACCCAGGAGCAACUCAUCCCCAACUUGGCCAUGAAGGAAGUGAUUGAUGCCUUCAUUUCUGAGAAUGGCUGGGUAGAAGAUUACUGAAGCUUCUAGCCUCCUUCCUUGGAAGCCCCUCUCCCCCAGGGCCAACACAUGCCUUACUGUCUGUCUCUUACCCCAACCUGCCUGCUGGGAACUGAGCCAGCUUCCCAUCUAUACUGCCUGUGGACUGGGCACCCUGGACUGGGCUUUGGGGGCCUUCUGGUCUCUGGAGCCAUAGAGGGUAUCUCUGCCUCCCAAAGGGUAAGACUUUUUCCUGGCACUGGCCAGGUUCCUGCUGUGGAGGUUGGCAUGGCCUCUAGCACCUACUUUCCAUUUCCCUUUCCCCAUGUAUAUAAUUUGUGUUCACUCCCUCCUUUCUCAUUUAACAGCCAUUACCUGAUUUGAAUGGCCCUGGGGGAGGGCUCUCCCUGGCCCCUCUUACCCUGUUCUGCACUGUCUGAAGGGGCUGGAGUAGGAAUGGACUGAAAGGGAGGGUAAUAAAAUCUGUGAGCAAUA